GGGGAUCACUUGCCGAGUUUCUUGGAGGCUUGGUUGGCAGCUGGAAUGGCAUCCCCCCGACCGGCAAUGGACUGAACUUCUCAGCAGGUUGCCAGCUUGUUCCAUCCAACCAGAGGUGAAAAAAAAUGGCUGCCUCAGCACCAUCUCAGGGGCUGGUGACCUUUGAGGAUGUGGCCAUGUACUUCACUGAGGGGCAGUGGGCCAUGCUGGAUCCCGCCCAGAGAGCCCUGUAUGUGGAUGUCAUGCUGGAGAACUAUGGGAACGUGGUUGCCACGGGAUUUUCCCUUUCAAAGCCAUCCUUGAUCUACUUCCUGGAACGAGGGGAAGUGCUGUGGGAACCUGAUCAGCAACAAAUCAGAGCCAGGGAGAUCCUGUCAGGCAUCAGCUCAGGAAAUGAGCAUGUGAAUGAGGAGGAGGAGAAACCCCUUUGGCUAGUGAGUUCUACACCAGAGAACCAAAGCAAAACAUUCCUUCUAAGACCACCAGUGGAAGUUCCCCAUUACCACGAAAAUGGAGAAAGCUCUGCUACUUGGCUUGGACCAGAAGGGCAGAAAGUUAGAGCCGUUCCUACUGGGAAAAGCAACAGUGGUCUUGGUGAAAACACAGGCCAAAACUCAAAUUGCGGGAACAGAAGACAGAAGACACACACAGAGCCAAGGAGGAAUUCUGCUGGAAAAGCACCUGACAGAAUCCGAGCUAUACCAAAAUCAGAAAAGUGUUCCGUCUGCGGAAAGAGGUUUUGUAAUAACACUUAUCUCGUGAUCCACGAGCGAUCUCACACAGGAGAGAAGCCGUAUGCAUGCAACGACUGUGGGAGAAGCUUUACUUCCUCCUCCAACCUUCUUUCUCAUGAGAGAAUCCACACAGGAGAGAAACCCUAUGAAUGUUGCGAUUGUGGGCGGAGUUUUGUGCGGAAUCGAGACCUUCAAGCGCACAUCAGAAUCCACACUGGUGAAAAACCACAUAUAUGUUCCUAUUGUGGGAAGACGUUCCGGAGCAAAACACACGUUGUCAGGCAUGAAAAAAUCCACAGGGACGACAGGCCAUUUAAAUGCUCCAUAUGCGGGAAGGAAUUCCGACUGAGAGAGCACCUCGACGUACACAACAGGACUCACACAGGAGAAAAGCCCUACAAGUGUUCGGUGUGUGAAAGAAGCUUCAACUGUGCGGCAAACUUUCACAGACACAAAAAAACGCAUGGCGGUGAGAAGCCGCAUAAGUGUUCCGACUGUGGGAAAAGCUUCAGGAAUAGCUCAGACCUGAAAUCUCACAGAAGAAUCCACACUGGCGAGAAACCUUAUCAGUGUUCGGAUUGUGGGAAAACCUUCCGUUGCAGCUCAAGUCUUAUAACACACAAGAGAACCCACAAAGGAGAAAGGCCAUACAAAUGCCUGGAGUGUGGGAAGUGCUUAAGUCAGAAAUGGUGCCUUAUUAAUCACCAGAGAAUCCACAAGUAUAAAUGCUCAGAUUGUGGGAAAAGCUUCAGCCAAAGCUCAGCCCUUCAGCUGCAUAGAAGAAAACAUACUGGCGAGAAACCGUUUAGAUGCUUACUCUGCGGCAAGUGCUUCGAUCGGAGGUCACUGCUGAUCAUUCACGAGAGGAUCCACACGGGCGAGAGACCGUACGUCUGCUCAGAGUGCGGGAAAAGUUUCAUCCAAAAAUCCAAGCUUAUCCGACACGAAAAGACCCACACAGGAGAGAAGCCCUACGGGUGCCCACACUGCGAGAAGUGCUUCAGCGAAAGAGCAAACCUCGUCCAACAUAUGAGAAUCCACACGGGAGAGAAACCGUACAAAUGCUCACAUUGUGGGAAAUGUUUCAGCCAAAGGUCCCACUUCAUUGAGCACGAGAGAUCUCACCCGGGAGAGAAAUCUUUUCACUGCCUGGAUUGUGGGAAACGCUUCAGCCAUGUUUCACGCCUCCUUAAACAUCACAGGAUCCACACUGGAGAAAGCCCGUACAAAUGCUUGGAGUGCGGGAAGUGCUUUGCUGGAAACUCUCACCUGAAAUCGCACAAAAGGAUCCACUCUGGAGAGAAACCGUAUCAGUGCUCAGAUUGUGGGAAAAGCUUCAGGCAUAACUCAGCCCUUACCGUUCAUAAGAGAACCCACACGGGAGAGAAACCAUUUCAGUGUUCGGACUGUGGGAAAAGCUUCAGCAACAGCUCAGGCCUUACAGCACACCGAAGAACCCACUUGGGAAAGAAGCCGUUCCAGUGUUCCACCUGCGAGAAAAGCUUCACGAACAGGUCCAGCCUUCUUAAGCACAAAAGCAUCCACCGAAGGGGGAAACGGUUCAAAUGCACCUCAUGUGGGAGGGCCUUUGUUUGGAAAGCACAUCUCGCUGCACACCGGAAGAUCCAUGCACAAGGAGCAAAGCAUUAGGAGAGACUGGGCUGAAGGCAUAUCUUGCUUGCAAGGACCGUGGGUGGCUGCCAAAAGCUAUGCUGGGCUGGGCAGGGUCAGGGAGAAAGUAGGACGCUUGCUGCGUCCAGGGCUGGCUCCUGGCUUCAGCGAGCCCUGGAGAGAGUGUGCCUGGGGGGACUCCCUCCUCUCCUCUGCUUGCCAUUGUGCCCCCAACUCAUACUUCCCUGCCCACAGUGGCCAACAUACUGCAAACGUUCGAAAUACUUGAGAGGCUAAACAGAAUUCUCACCAUGAGCGGAACUUCCAGUGGUCUCCCAACAGGUCUGAAAAUUAGACAUGCACGGAUGCAAUUUGGAUGCA